AUGGCCCUCCGGGAAUGGCCCUCCAGGAGCCCAAUGAAUCGAGUAUCCGCUCUUGCCAUUGGCUCCGUCGAGAGGGUACGCAAGCCAAUUCCCCGGGGUGCCAUCGCCGUUGUCCGCCGCAUCAUGUACGAGUUGUGGCCCGCCACAAUGCGGACCACAACCGGUAUUCGUAAUAAAAAAGCCAUGGGAGCUGCUCUGGGCGCUGCUCGUAUGGCCAAAUUUGAGGGUAUGGUACCCUGGUGUAGGAUGAUGGCUACCGGGGUCCAAGAAGAAGCGCCCAUCUUCGCCACCACUGAUCUUCAUUUCGCCCUUCGGGAGUAUGAAGCCUCGAGGGCUAAUGGCGAAAAGGCCGAAUGGGGAAAAGUCGAGGUUCGAACUUUGAUUCGGCAAAACUGCAGAUGA